AUGUCUAAAAUAGAGCGCAGAGAAAGAAGAUACGAGAGAAUGGCUGACGAUUUGGUAAUCGUAAACCAGGGAAUGAUGUACGCAGAACUGAACGAACUUUUCACGAAAUUCCUUAAGGAUGACGGAUAUGCAGGCAUGGACUACAAGCCAUACGAAAGCCCCAUUGAAAUCACCCUUAAGCUAGGAAAGCCAGCGGGUCUUUUGGAGGAUAACAAGCUCAGAAUCAAGCAGCUGAUCUCCUUAAUUCAGAUGAGAUUUGGCCUGGAGGCUGGAUCUGUCUCUAUCUUCAUAGAGCAGAUAAAGAACAAGGCACUGAACGCACAGAUACAGGCAGACCAAAUCAGAGAGCGACUGGGCGCAGGGAUUCCCGUUAGAAGAGCCGUCUCUGGUGCCAUCCGAACUAUCAUGGAGGGAGGCGCUUACGGAGUGCAGAUAAUAAUAUCCGGAAAGCUCAAGGGACAGAGAGCAAGAAGCUACAAAGUGGUUGAGGGUACGCUUAUGCACUCUGGUAACGCAACAAAGGACUACGUCAAGAAGGGCAUGUCCAGCAUUCUUCUGAAGCAGGGAAUUCUUGGGAUACAGGUCGCAAUUACCCUCGACUACGACCCAACAGGAAAGAACGGAACCCCCGUGCAGCACCCCAGCAGAGUUGUGAUAUACUCGCAGGAGGAGAUGGACCAAAUGAGACAGCCUGUAAAGCCUAUCCGAAAGGCGUACAGCCAGAUUAAAUAA